GGAUAAUCGAGCUAGAUCGAAGCUGAUACACCCGACAUAGGGAACAGUCUCGGAAACUCUCCGGAAUCCCUAAGUACAUGCGGUCUCUACUGAACCGCGAGUCAAGCGUUUUGUCUCUCAUAACUUUGUCGAGGCUACUGCUAACCCCUGGAACACCGAACCUGCCUUGCCGAAACUGUACGCUACCUUUGUCCUGGGCCGAAGGUAAAAAUACCGACGUCAUCUCAAUCAUCCAACAGGCGCGAAAGCAUCAAUCGAUGCACGCACUUUAGCCUUGCAUCUCCUGCGGCCGCAAACUCACGACCACGCUAUUCGUACCACAGCACCUCCCUACUAGGUAUUUAGCCAUUUACCGCAAUGCCUUCCCAAAGAGCCCAAAGGCCAGCACGGUCACACCGCUCGACCCUGUCGCUCCAAAAGACCGAGAUAACCAUCCACGUCUACGAUCUCCUCCCUCCAGGCCGCCUCUCCUCAACCCUCUGGUUCCUAGGCACCUCACUACUCCACUCAGGCGUCGUGAUCAACGGCAAAGAGUACGCCUACGGCGGACACGACCGGCGCGGGGUCACGGGGGUGUACUGGACCCGACCGCGGACGGAGCCCCCCGGAGGAACGUUCCGGUGCGAGAUGCUGCACGGCUUCACGCUAGCCACACAGGCCGAGAUCGACGCCAUCGUGCGCGACGUGUCGGACGAGUUUCCGGGGACUGCCUACAACCUCCUGACCAAGAACUGCAACCACUUCACCUCGCGCCUCUGCCAGCGCCUCACGGGGCGGCCGGCCCCGUCCUGGCUCAACCGCGCCGCCAGCAUCGGUGUUGCCUUACCCUGCGUCGUGCCCAGGGACUGGAUUGAGGCGCCUGACUUUGAUACGGCCGAGGGGGAGCUGCUUGAUGACGAUGAGGAGGAGGAAGAGGAGACGGGGGGCGGGCAUCACCGAGUUAACAAUAGCGAGAGGGCCAGGAUGCUGAGGUCUUCGCGCGACCAGCCGCGGCUGCUGGUGGGAGACGAGAGACGCGGCUCGGAUGCCGAGUGGGAUAGCGAAGAGGAGCGCCGACGCGGCGGCAGUGGGAAGGGCAAGGGCAAGGCCGCCGUGAGGGAUUCGGCUGGGAGGAUGCUACCUCCUGCCGAACGAGCGCCGACUCCCUCAUAAAUGAUUUAUUUUUUUUUAUUUUUUUAUUUUUUUUUAUUUUAUUUUAUUUUUUUUUCCCCUUUUCUUUUUUGUUGUCGUUGGUGUUGCUCAGCAUUGCUCGGGAGUUUGGCGGUGAUUUUUAUGGCGUUCCGUUCAUGAUACCAUGUGUUGCUUUUGUUGGGUUGGCCGUUUCUGCCGGCCAGGCUUUCCAUUUGGACGCGCUGAUGUUGCUGGGAAUUGUUGGAGUUGGAGUAUGAGGAGGCGGGCGCAUCCUGGAGGUCAAUCACGAUGCAAGGACCGGGGAUAGGCCCUUGGACGGUCUGGCGUUUUCAUAAGGACGGUUACUUGCUCAAUUGAAGCUGGCUCCUA